CUACGCCCGCAGCAAAAAAGUCUGCACCAGCGAAGGGGAAAGCUGUCGACACCAAGAACAAACGUCGAGCCACUUCUGAGCCAGAGGAUGAGGAAGAAGAUGACAGCCAACAGCCUACAAAACGAGCAAGAGGUGCGCCCUUGGAGCGCUCUGGUACUGGCUCUACGGAUGAUGAAGUUAAAGAAAUCAAGGAAGGCCUCAAGAAAGCAGUAAUCGACACGAAAGACGAGGCAGGUCAAAGUAAAGCCACAGGGAAGGGGAAGAAGGCAGCGAAGCCAGCUGCUGGGGCGAGCACCGCGGCUGCGAAAAAGACCGCUCACACGAUAACGAACGCUUUACCUACGCCUCCCGAACAUCCUCGACCAGCAAACCAAAUUUUUGUUUGGGGUGCUGGUAAUUUCGGUCAGUUCGGUAUGGGUCCCGAUUACUUAGACCAACUCGACAAACCGAGGAAAAACCCAUGGAUCGAAAAGAAAAUAGAGGAAGGAGUAUUUGGUGGCGAGGGCGCCGGCAUUGAAGCUAUUGCUGCUGGAGGCAUGCAUACGAUGUUUGUUGAUGAGAAGGGCACGAUAUGGUCUUGUGGUGUCAAUGAUGAAGCAGCAUUGGGCCGAAUAACAAAGGAUGUUCCUGACCCAGAGAAGGAAGGCGAAUUCAUGGAUGUUGAUGUCCUCACGGCAUUCCCGUAUCCUCUUGAAUCUCUUGUGGAAGAGAAGUUCCGUGCAGUGAAAAUUGCCGCUGGGGAUAAUAUAUGCGCUGCAAUCAGCGAUCAGGGAGAAUUGCGUGUCUGGGGUUCCUUCCGAGCAAACGAAGGCUCUCUUGGAUUUUCGAGUGGAUUAAAAUUACAACAUCUCCCAACGCCUAUACUGAACUUACCAAAAGAUGAGAAGGUUGCAUCGGUGGCAGCUGGUGACAACCAUCUGGUCGUUCUGACCACUUACGGAAAUAUUUACACUUGGGGAGCUGGUGAACAAGGUCAACUUGGGCGAAAGAUUCUUGAACGACGUAAAAUUCACGGCACCACACCCGAAAAAGUGACUCUCAGGUUGCGCUCGCGAAAGGCAGUAACAGUGGGUGCUGGGAACUUUGCGUCCUUCGCGGUUGAUGAGAAAGGCGAUGUAUGGGGUUGGGGUCUGAAUAGCGUGGGCCAGGUUGGUACCGGCUAUGAGGACGAAGACGACGGCAUUGUUCCGCAACCACGACUGAUAGAGGAACUCAGCCCAGCUGCGCUUGGUAACGAUGCCCGCGUGACACGUAUUGUAGGAGGCGAUCACCAUACUAUCUUCUUGACUUCUGACGGGCGAGUAUUCGGGUGCGGUCGUGCAAGUGGUGGUCGGCUCGGUUUGCCUUCAACUCAUCCUGCAUUCACCGUCAAAGGGUACAACGGCUUCGUGGCAAAACCAACCCAUAUUCCGUUCCCCGAUCCGGCCUCAGAAGAUCCUGUAGUACACGUUUCUGCAGGGCCUCGCGCCAAUUUCGCUGUGACUGCCGCAGGUGCAAUGUAUGCUUGGGGUGAAGGCAACCAAGGGGAAUUAGGUAUUGGAGAGGGUAGGAAUGCAGAAACACCGACUGUUGUUGUUCGUAAAGAGGGUGGUUCGUGGAAAGCUAUCGCUGCAGAAUGCGGUGGUCAGCAUGGUCUUGGUCUAUUCAGGAAAAAGGUAGCUGCAAACACAGGAUAACGGAUGCUAGAAUCAUGGGCUUUGGCACAGUAGCACAGUCCCCUUGCGUAGAUUUUCUUUCUCUUUAUCAACACAAUUAAUUCUUUCUGAAUCAAAAAAGCUGCGCUGUUGCAGUGCUUUCUGUUGCUUCGUAAUCAUGUUUUCUUGACUGUUUAAUGCAUCACUUGACUUGUUGCAUUGUUUCUUGUUCUUCUGAUUUUGCUUUCUAUCUAUUGCUUUUUGCAGUUGUCUUUAAUAGGAUUC